AUGUCCGACAAUACCUCACGUCAUAUAAAGGCUAGUAUGAAACCCGACAUUCAAUCAAUCGUCGACCGCAUCAAGACUGGAAAAGCCACCCGAAUCGUCGUUUUGACUGGUGCUGGUAUCAGUACUGGCGCCGGGAUCCCUGAUUUCAGAUCUCCAAAUACUGGUCUUUAUGACAAGCUUGCUCCACUGCGGCUUCCUUACCCAGAGGCCAUUUUUCACAUCAAUUAUUUCUCUCACACGCCUGAGCCAUUCUACGCAAUCGCCCGGGCGCGUCACCCGGGAAAUCUUAAACCGACCGUCACCCAUGCUUUCCUGGCACUGCUAGCAAAGAAGAAUCUGCUCCAUUUUCUUUUCACCCAGAAUAUCGAUGGGCUUGAGCAAGAUGCUGGGGUUCCUCCUGAUAAGGUUCUGUGGACUCAUGGGAACUGGAAGAGUCAGCAUUGCUAUAAGUGCAAGUCGCCAUAUCCCGACGAUCUCAUGAACAAAGCCAUCCGCGCGGGUGAAGUGCCCUAUUGUCUUGAGACGGGCUGCGUGGGUGCAGUUAAGCCAGAUGUUAUAUUCUUUGGGCAAUCUCUGCCGGCUGAGUUUGAUGAAAAGGAGAAAGAAGUCCUAGAGGCGGACUUGAUGCUUGUCAUGGGAACUAGUUUGCGUGUGGCACCUUGCUCUAGGCUGCCAACGCUAGUAAAACAGGGGAUUCCUCGUGUUUUGAUCAACAAUGAAAAAGCAGGAGAUCUGGGCAAUCGAGACGAGGACGUGUGCAUCCUCGGAAGUUGCGACGACGGUGUUCGUCAAUUGGCUGAUGCACUUGGGUGGGGAGAGGGCUUGAACGAUCUCUGGAAGGAAGCAGUUGCCGCUAAAAAGAACGAUGAGACUCAGACAUUUGAGGGUGGCCCUAGCCUAGAUGAGUGCAUUGAGAAAUUGGCUAGUAGCAUGAAGGACAAGAUGAAGGUGUCGGAUGGGCACAAACGCAUGUUGGAGAACCAUUUGAACUCCAAAUUUGGGCACAUGAUACCGAAGGGCCCUGCAUAG